AGAGAUAAAUAUAGGAUUCACACAGGCACACACAUGCUCAGACACACAAGGACGAGAUAGAUUUGUAUCACUCUCUUCUACUCUCUCUCCACUCCGUCUCUUCAGCGAUUCCCUGCUUCGUGCAAUCUCAGAGGUCACAGAUCAGAGGUCAGGUCACCAUGGUAACAAUGAGCUGGAUGCUGCUGUUGUGUGUGCUGGCAGAGGGUUAUAGGUCAGAGGUCGGAGUUCAGGAGGGGUGCGGCCAUUGGAUGGGAGGUGUUCCUGGGACUCCUGGUCUGGACGGGCAGGAUGGGAGAGAUGGGAGAGAGGGACGCCAGGGAGAGACAGGAGACACUGGACUUCCAGGUGUGCGAGGUAAGAGGGGAGAGAUGGGGGAAGUUGGGGGGGACGGAUUCCAGGGACGACGGGGUUUCCCGGGGGCCCCAGGGCUGCAGGGGCAGAGGGGCGAGAGUUCCUUCCUGUAUCGCUCUGCCUUCAGCGUGGGACUAACCACACCCACUACCACGACAGACACACCUCUUCACUUCACCAAGAUCUUCUACAACGAACAGCAUCACUAUGAUGACAUCUCAGGGAAGUUCCGCUGUUUUAUCCCCGGAGUGUACUACUUCACCUUCCACCUCACUGUACAGGGUCAGGGGUGUAAGGUGGGGCUGUACCGUAACGGCCGUGUCAUGUCGCUGACUCUGGACCAGUUCCUGACCUCUGACCUGGACCAGUCCUCUGGAGGGGCGGUCCUAAACCUCUCAUCUGGAGACCAGGUAUGGCUGCAGGUGUAUGGUGCGGAACAGGAAGAAGUUGGAAUUUACGCUGACAUCAACAACGACUCCACCUUUACUGGCUUUCUGAUUCAGCCGCGCCUACCUAGCAGCCCAUUGGACAACCGCCGACGCUGACUUCCUGCUUUAGCUGUGCCUACCAGGCAGCCGAUUGGACAAUCUGCUCCACCAUACCUACUUAAAGCAGGAGCUGCUUAUUUUCCAUCACAUCCCUUUUUCCCCCACCUCUCUCCCAAUCCCCCACCUCUACCUAUCCCCACCUCUACCUAUCCCCCACCCCUCUCCC